CUGAAGAAAGCAAAAUGGCGAACGUUAGUUCACCAAACCUAAGUAAUGAGCCCGAAAGACCUGUCAUAGAGUCCUCCGAUUCGUCUGCUGCAGAGCUGCAAAAGAGGAUUUCAGAUUCUUUUGAUAUAUUUGAUCACGAAUCUAACAAAACUGUCGACGUUAGAGAGGUUGGGACGAUUGUAAGAUCACUGAGGUGUUGUCCUACUGAAGGAGAGCUUCAUGACAUUUUAGCUGAGGUGGAAGAGGAAGAACCAACAGGAUACAUAAGAUUUGAAAAAUUUGAACCUGUUAUGUUAAAAACUCUUCUGGAAAGAAGAUACAAACCAGCACCUGAAGACCAAAUAAUGAAAGCAUUUGAAGUUCUAGAUCAGGAAAACAAAGGCUACCUUACCACAGAAGAACUUACAAAAUAUAUGACUGAAGAAGGUGAACCUUUCACACAAGAGGAAAUAGAAGAAAUGCUUUCUGCUGCUGUUGACCCAGAUAAAGGGAUUAUAUUUUACAAGGAUUUUGUUUCAAUGAUGGUAGUAGAAGACUUGUAACUGGAUAGAAUCACAGAAAUUUUAUUCUUCUCUGCAUUGGUGCUUAUUUCUGUGUCAGUUUUGUAAAUAAAUAGAAACCGGAGUUAAGCACCUGCCUAAUGGGCCACUAGGCUCGUAAACAGACUUUACCUUUGUAAAUAAUUAUAACUUGGAAUUAAUUUAUGGUCUGAUACCAAAAAUCCUUUCCAAGUUUUUCACCUGAACAUGCAAUGGCAAUAAAUGUUAAAUUGAAUGAUCCAUGCCAGUAUACAUAGCUUAGACAACACAGUUUCAGCUUUUUUUUAAGUAUAAAUGAUACCAAAAGAAUUUUGUCUUGAAUGAAAGGAAAAUGUAGCUCUACUACAAGAUACAUUUUAAUCUGAUUAUGGUACUUAAGUUGUGUAUAUAUAUUUUGAAUUUGUAUUAAAAGUUACACUUUCAUUUACA